GAGCGGCGGACGGAGGCAUCAUGGCUGUGUUUAUGGACCUGAACGUGUCAUUUCUCCCGGACAGGAGCGACCUGCGCAGCGUCGUUGAGACGGCGGCUCACCUCGGGUUCUCCACCAUCGCCCUCAACUACGUGUUUGAGCCCACAGCCAAGAAGAAACAGGAGAUCCCCACCCCGACUCCGAUCAACGAACUGAUCGAUCAGCUGCCCGUGGUGCAGGGUCGGUCUCGUCCAAUCAGAGUGCUGAACAGGCUGACGGUGGUGAUGUCAGACGCGAGUCACUUUAGGCCGAACGCUCCGGAGUACCGCCGCUUCGACCUGCUCGCUGUCCAGCCGACCUCAGAGAAACUUUUCCACGCAGCCUGCAUGGUUUAUGACAUCGACAUCAUCUGUGUGCCGAUGACGGAGAAACUUCCUUUCUUCUUCAAGAGAGCGCCGAUCAACGGGGCCAUAGACAGAGGUGUGGUGUUCGAGGUGUCGUACUCUGCAGCCAUCAGAGACUCCACCAUGAGGCGCUACACCAUCGCCAAUGCCGUCAGUCUGAUGGAGAGCUGCAAAGGAAAGAGUGUGAUUCUGUCCAGUGCAGCUCAGAAGGCUCUCGAGCUCAGAGGACCAUAUGAUGUCACUAACCUAGCUCUGCUGUUCGGUUUGUCAGACGGAGACGCCAAAGAAGCCGUUUCGUCCACCUGCAGAGCCGCUCUGCUGCACUCAGAAACCAGGAGGACAGCCAGCGGAAUCAUCUACACCACGAGGAGCCAGCAGGAGGCGCCACAGGGCUCAGUAGACGGUGAAACUCCAGCAGCCAAGAGAGCCAAACCAACAUGACCGCGAGAACGACCGAAGGCAGGUUAGGGCGGGACCGACAUCGGAGGAGGGCGGGACUGUCAGUUGUGGAGGGCGUGGCCAACAGCGGAGGAGGGCGGGGCAUACAGCGGAGGAGGGCGGGGCCAACUCCAGUUUCUUCUCCUGCCUCUUUUUUCCAAACUGUUGAUGUUUUUUUCGUUUCUGCUGACAGUUUAAAGCAAAUUCUGAGUUUAAUAAACAGUUUGAAGAAUUCACAGCAGGGCCUCUGCUUCCAUCCUCUGUGCUCCCCAACAAUUCAAAGAAAAAGUCCAUUUAUAUGCAGAUGAAACUGGUUUUUAUUUACUAUCAUAUGGAAACUUGGACUGUGCAGCUGUGUGAGGACCAAACUGUUACUCAGCAGCUUGUAGAAGCUCCAUUAUCAUCAGCAUUAAUGGUUUGCUGUGGUUCACUCAGUGAUGCUUCGUCUCAUCGAGGUUUGCAGCGUUCAUUCGUGCACAGCUCUCUGAGCUCUGACUGGACCGUAGCAGCAGCUCUGUUCUUUUCUUUUGGGUCAUCGUCCUGUUGAUGACCCGGUUUUGGUCCAAGCGUCAGCUGUGGGACAGACGGCCUCCGAAUGUAGAAUGCUUUGGUGUGCAGAGGAGUUCACGCUCCUCUCAGAUCAUCAUCCACCGUGCUGACGGCUCGUGCGAGGGGUUCGAACCCUGCUGUGCGUUAAGGACAAACAGGUCCAGUCCCAGCUCCUUAAACUAUGGACGAGGACAUUGUUCCAAAACGCUUUCCAAACCCAAGUUUGCAUGUUAGACGGAAGACCCUUUCUCCUGCAGCUCCUCCAAACAAGCCUUACAUGUUUAGUCUUUUUCUAACUGCAGUUUCAUGAACUUUAAUCUUUAAGUCUUUUCCCUGUAAAGACAUUUAGGAAAAGACGACAGUAGAUGUCUUUCUGAAAGGGCUGUAACUAAGUUUAAGAAUAUAAUCCACCCACUGUUAUCAUCUUCAAUGCCCUGUACCAACACAGAGCAGAGCAGCUAUCUGAACUCUACUCCAACAGAGGUCGAUCAUCUUGUUAAUAAUUUUACCUCCUCACUACGUACGACUCUGGAUACUGUAGCUCCUGUGAAAACUAAGGUCUCAAAUCAGAAGUCCCUGACUCCGUGGUAUAAUUCUCAAACACGUAGCCUAAAGCAGAUAACUCGUAAGCUGGAGAGGAAGUGGUGUGUCACAAAUUUAGAAGAUCAUCAUUUAGCCUGGAGAAAUAGUUUGUUGCUUUAUAAGAAAGCCCUCCGCAAAGCCAGAACAUCUUACUAUUCAUCACUGAUUGAAGAAAAUAAGAACAACCCCAGGUUUCUCUUCAGCACUGUAGCCAGGCUGACAAACAGUCAGAGCACUUCAAACAUACGAUGUUCAGCUGAGAUCUAGAGCAUCAACACUUCUCCAGCACGAUGAAGGUCAAAGGUC